AUGGACUUGAUCAGUGGAUCAGGGUGUUUUCCCCUGAUGUUGGUAGUGAUAAUUACUAUGUUCACUCUUUCAGAUUGCUAUGAUCCUCUGGAUCCUAUUGGAAAUAUAUUGGUUACGUAUGACAUUGUUAGAUGGACAGAAGAUGGUUACCAGGCAAGGAUAACUAUUCAAAACUACUACAAGUAUAGACACAUCGAGAAACCGGGCUGGCAACUAGGGUGGACAUGGGCAGCUAAUGAGGUUAUUUGGUCAAUGUCUGGUGCUUUCGCCACUCAACAAGGGAAUUGUUCAGCCUUCAAGUCUAAAAUUCCACAUUGUUGCAAGAAAAAUCCUAUUAUAGUUGACCUCGCGCCAGAAGCUCCACCAGAGAAAAGAUUAGAUGGUUGCUGUCAUGGUGGACUUCUUGCUGCCUCAGCUAUCAAUCCUUCCAAUUCUAGUGCAUCCUUUGAGAUGAAAGUUGGAAACGUAAGGGGAAAUUAUACAACUCACAAGCCUCUAAAUCCCACUCUAAGGGCUCCAGGACCUGGUUAUACUUGUGAUGAAUUUAUUGACACAGAUCCAACAACAUCUUUGGUUAUAGAAGGACAAAGACAAGAACAAGUAAUCAGGACAUGGAAAUCAACAUGCACCUACUCAACUUUCUUGGCCAACAACUCGCCAACCUGUUGUGUUUCUCUUUCAACAUUUUACAAUCCUGAGGUGACACCAUGCAAUUUGUGUAGCUGUGGAUGUAAAUUAGCUGACAAUGAGGCAAAAUCAUGCAUUGGACAAAGUUCAUCAUCACCAUAUGAGCGCGAGCUACUUCAGUGUACUGAUCAUAUGUGUCCACUUCGGGUUCACUGGCACAUUAAGAAGAACUACAGGAAUUAUUGGAGGGUGAAACUCACUGUUUCCAAUUACAACUUAGGUAAAAACUAUUCCAACUGGAAUUUGGUAGUCCAACAUCCUGGUUUUAGCCAGCAGGCAACUGUCUUCAGCUUCAACCAUACAAUGCUCUCUACCGUUGGUGUCCCAGAUGAAGUUGCACUCUUUUGGGGUUUAGAUUUCUACAACGACGCUUUGUUGCAAGCUGAAGAGAAGCAAGUGGGAUCUGUGACUACAGAGAUACUUUUACUUAAGGACAUGACCUCAUUUACACUCAGUAAUGGAUGGGCAUUUCCAAGGAGAAUAUAUUUCAAUGGUGAGAACUGUGAAAUGCCUCUUCCACAGACUUUCCCUAUGCUUCCAAAUGGUAGCUCAAGGGAAAAACCUUGUAAUAGUCAUCUUUCUGUUCUACUACUGUCGAUAUAUUUGACUUAUAAAACACUUAAUUUCUGGUCAUAA